AUGAAAGAAAUGAAGCUACUGGGGGGAAUUGGGCACAGUUUAGCAAUGGCAGUAGUGCUUUUGCUUCUUGUGUUUCCUCUUGUUUACCCACUUAACGAUGAGGGGAAAGCUUUGAUGUCUGUUAAGGAAUCAUUCAGCAAUGUUGCUAAUGUACUUCUUGACUGGGAUGAUGUGCACAAUGAAGAUUUCUGUUCUUGGCGUGGUGUGUUUUGUGACAAUGCCAGCUUCUCUGUUGUUUCUCUUAACCUGUCAAAUUUGAACCUUGGUGGUGAAAUUUCUCCUGCCAUUGGAGAUUUGAGGAACUUGCAAUCCAUAGACUUUCAAGGGAAUAAAUUGACUGGUCAAAUCCCAGAAGAGAUUGGCAAUUGUGCUGCUUUAUAUAAUCUGGAUCUUUCUGAUAACUUGCUUUAUGGUGACGUUCCCUUUUCUCUCUCUAAGUUGAAGCAACUUGAUUCCUUAAAUUUGAAGAACAACCAGCUUUCUGGUCCAAUCCCUUCAACCUUAACCCAAAUUCCAAAUCUGAAAACACUCGACCUUGCUAAGAACCAGCUGACUGGUGAGAUACCUAGACUGAUCUACUGGAAUGAAGUCUUACAAUAUCUUGGAUUACGCGGCAAUUUGCUGACUGGAACAUUGUCUGAAGAUAUGUGUCAGUUGACUGGCUUGUGGUAUUUUGAUGUGAGAGGCAAUAAUUUAACUGGCACCAUCCCUAGUAGCAUCGGCAACUGUACGAGCUUUGAGAUACUGGAUAUAUCAUACAAUCAGAUCACUGGGGAGAUACCAUACAAUAUUGGCUUCUUGCAAGUUGCUACUCUGUCUCUUCAAGGGAAUAAUCUCACCGGGAAGAUUCCAGAGGUGAUUGGUUUAAUGCAGGCCCUGGCUGUUCUGGAUUUGAGUGACAAUGAGCUAGUUGGACCAAUUCCCCCAAUACUUGGCAAUUUGUCAUACACCGGGAAACUGUAUCUCCAUGGAAACAAGCUUACAGGACCAAUUCCACCAGAGCUUGGAAAUAUGUCAAAGCUAAGCUACUUGCAACUGAAUGACAACCGACUGGUCGGCAACAUUCCUCCUGAACUUGGGAAGCUGGAACAGUUGUUUGAAUUGAAUCUUGCUGGCAACUAUCUUGAAGGGCCCAUUCCACACAACAUCAGCUCUUGCAGGGCAUUGAACCAAUUUAAUGUGCAUGGUAAUCACUUGAGUGGAAUCAUCCCUUCAGGUUUCAAGGAUCUUGAGAGUUUGACUUACUUAAAUCUUUCUUCAAACGAUUUCAAAGGUAGUAUUCCCACUGAGCUGGGACACAUUAUAAAUUUGGAUACAUUGGAUCUUUCCAGCAAUAACUUCUCAGGGCCUAUCCCAGCUUCUAUUGGUGACCUAGAGCACCUUCUUACAUUGAAUUUGAGCCGCAAUCAUCUUCAUGGACGAUUGCCUGCUGAAUUCAGGAAUCUAAGAAGUAUACAAAUUAUGGAUAUGUCUUUCAACAAUGUGACUGGUAGCAUUCCAGUGGAAUUGGGUCAGUUGCAGAACAUUGUUUCUCUGAUCCUGAACAACAAUGAUUUGCAAGGAGAAAUCCCUGUUCAGCUUACCAAUUGUUUCAGCCUUACCAAUUUGAAUUUCUCAUACAACAAUUUGUCAGGAAUUGUGCCACCUAUUAGAAACUUGACACGGUUUCCACCAAACAGCUUUAUUGGAAAUCCGUUGUUGUGUGGCAACUGGUUGGGAUCAAUAUGUGGCCCUUAUGUCCCUAAGUCUAAAGUGAUUUUUUCUAGAGCUGCAGUUGUCUGUAUCACGAUGGGUUUCAUAGCAUUAUUGUCCAUGAUUAUAGUUGCGAUUUACAAAUCCAACCAACAGAAACUGUUGAUGAAGGGAUCUAAGAAAACUCUACAAGGUCCUCCCAAACUUGUGGUUCUUCACAUGGACAUGGCUUUUCACACCUUUGAUGACAUAAUGAGGAACACUGAGAAUUUAAAUGAGAAGUAUAUUAUAGGUUAUGGUGCUUCUAGCACGGUGUACAAGUGUGUGUUGAAAAAUUCCCGACCACUUGCAAUUAAGCGACUCUACAAUCAGUAUCCAUACAACUUGCAUGAGUUUGAAACAGAACUUGAGACCAUUGGCAGCAUCAGACACCGCAAUAUAGUCAGCCUACAUGGCUAUGCACUGUCUCCUCAUGGGAACCUUCUCUUCUAUGACUACAUGGAGAAUGGUUCUCUGUGGGAUCUGCUUCAUG